AAUUCUCUACUACUCUUUCACCUCAAACCGCCCUCCCCAUACCAACACACACUCGCUUUAAUUUUCCGGUUCCCUCGUGACCCUACAUGGAAACUCAACUGAAUAAGGUCGAUAACAACGCCGCGACGGUGAAGUUCUCGGAGCCGAGAGGAUUCGGCACCACCCUCCGAUCCGAUCUGAAAGAGACAUUCUUUCCCGACGACCCUUUCAGCCGCUUUCGAAACGAAGAGAAUCCAUUCCGUCGAGCCAAGAAAGCUGUGAAGUACUUUGUUCCAAUCUUCGAUUGGCUUCCCAACUAUAAUUUGCGUCUGUUUCGAAUGGACUUGAUUGCUGGCCUCACCAUUACCAGUCUUGCUAUCCCACAGGGAAUCAGUUACGCAAAACUCGCUAACAUUCCUGCCAUCGUCGGUCUUUAUUCGAGUUUUGUACCACCGCUUAUAUAUGCGGUGUUUGGUGACUCAAAGCAUUUAGCGGUGGGAACAGUGGCGGCGUGUUCAUUGCUCAUCUCUGAAACCAUCGGAAAGGUGGCGUCGCCGCUUUCAGAGCCAACAUUGUACCUUCAUUUGGUCUUCACUGCCGCCUUUGUUACCGGCGUCUUUCAAUCACUUAUAGGUUUUCUAAGAUUGGGAGUGUUGGUUGAUUUUUUAUCGCAUUCAACUAUAACUGGUUUCAUGGGAGGAACCGCCGUCAUAAUUUGCUGUCAACAGCUCAAAGGCUUCUUGGGAUUGAAACAUUUCACUACCAAAACCAACGUCGUCUCUGUGGUCCAAGCAAUCGCCAAUAAUAGACAUGAGUGGAAGUGGGAGAGUGCGUUAGUGGGCACAAUCUUCCUUAUUUUCCUUCAAUUUACCAGAUAUAUUAAGCAGAAAAGGCCACAUCUAUUUUGGGUAUCUGCGAUGUCUCCUAUGGUGGUUGUCAUAGUUGGCUGUGUAUUUGCUUAUUUAAUCCAUGGAGCAGAGCAUGGCAUACAAACUGUGGGUGAUCUGAAGAAAGGCAUAAAUCCACUUACAUUUCAUUAUUUGAACUUUGACCCCAAAUAUUUACCAGCAGUUCUCAAAGCUGGGAUUGUAACGGGCUUCGUUGCUUUGGCGGAAGGAAUAGCUAUUGGUAGGAGCUUUGCUAUCAUGAAUAAUUUACAAGUUGAUGGGAAUAAGGAAAUGAUUGCCUUUGGCUUCAUGAACAUCAUUGGUUCUUUCACUUCAUGCUAUUUGACUACCGGGCCAUUUUCGAAGACGGCGGUGAAUUACAACGCUGGGGCAAAAACGGCAAUGUCGAACGUAAUCAUGUCAGUGUUUAUGGCUAUGACGCUGCUAUUCUUGGCUCCUCUGUUCAGCCACACACCACUGGUUGCUCUAUCUGCCAUUAUCAUGUCUGCCAUGAUUGGCCUCAUCAACUACGACGAGGCUAUUCAUCUCUUCAAAGUCGACAAGUUUGAUUUUACUAUUUGCAUGGUUGGCUUCUUUGGGGUUGCCUUUAUUAGCAUGGACAUCGGCCUCAUGCUCUCCGUGGGACUUGGUUUACUCAGAGCUCUUCUAUACGUGGCUAGGCCCGCCACUUGUAAGCUUGGAAAAGUAGAAAACGCGACGAUAUACCGUGACACCGAGCAGUACCCCGGUUCGACUGUUGUCCCCGGGAUAAUAGUGCUGCAACUAGGUUCACCUAUUUACUUUGCAAAUUGCAAUUACAUAAGGGAAAGGAUUUUGAGGUGGAUCCGAGACGAGCAGGCGAAUUCUAACUCAGGGGAUGCUAUUGAGCAUGUUUUGUUAGAUUUGACAGGAGUUACAACUAUUGAUGCGACCGGCAUAGAGACAUUGAUUGAGAUUCACAGAUCCUUGUUUGCACAACAUAUUCAGAUGACUAUAGUAAACCCGAGGCUUAGAGUAAUGGAGAAGUUCAUACAGUCACAUUUCGUAGAUAAGAUUGGUAAGGAGAAUUUUUACCUGUCAGUGGAGGCCGCAGUAGACGCUUGUAAGUUUUCUCUUCAUAUGUCAAAGCAAAACGGCAACGUUUCUACAGAACAACCCGUUGUGAUUGACGGAGCUGUCUAAAUAUAUAUAUGUUCAAGCUCACACUCGUGAUCAGAUCAUAGUUUCAUCCUCUUGUAUAUAUUUCAUAGUAUUAAUGCUUGAAAUGGGUCAAUAUUUAGAUCCUUGCUUCAAUUAAUUUCAUGCUUGAGAUUGGAACUUUUUUAUUUUUUCUUUAACAUUUAAUGUUAAUUAGAUAAAUUAAAUUGAAGAUUUUGUAGAAUGAAAGGCAAAAACAUGUGCAUUCUUAUUUCUUAUA